AUGGCACCCGGAAUCACCAUUGACAACACAUCGGACUUUUCGUUUGCGCCGCCACAAGCAAAGUCGCAAGACCGAACACUUCUCCUCGCGCCACCUUCAAUCGCCUCACACCCCGACGCGCUCAACAGCAUUGUCGAAGCCCACGAUCGCAAUGCCACAGACAUUCAAAUGCUCGACCGUCUCGCGCUUGGCCUUGUCUCUCUUCCCGCUUCCACAUACGAUCUUGUCCUUCUCCUCACCAAUGUUGAUGGCUCACGUGAGCCGCUCAACAGAGCAGUGGUUGAAAAGGUGGUGCCUUCGCUCAAGGCUGGUGGAAAGUUGAAGAGCCAGGAUGGUCAGUUUGGUGCUUCGGCGUCGUCGGAGCAGACGGAGGCUAUUCUUGCCGGUCUGGUUCAGGAUGUUAGCGGUGGUAUGGCUAAGCCUGCUGCAGCGGCUGCGCAGACUGUCACUCUGAGCUUUGGCAAGAAGAAGAAGGCGAAUGCUGCUGCUGUGCCACUGAACAAUAUCGAAGCUAUCAACAAGAGUAUUACACAGACGCCUCAGCCUGCUGCGUACUCGGCGCCUGCAGGAGUCGGCUUCGACAUGGGCGAUGACCUGGACAUUGAGUACUACGACGAGGAUGAAGAGAUGGAAUUGCCGACCAAAGAGGAGCUUUUGGCUGGAUCUACCAUCGACCCCAACACCCUCCUCAGCGAAGAGGACCGUAAACGACCCAUCAACAUCCCCGAGGCCUGCAAGCCCAACGGAAAGAGAAGACGCGCAUGCAAGGACUGCACCUGUGGACUCAAGCAAAAGAUCGACGCCGAAGACAAGGCAAAGCGCGAGGCUGCAGACAGCGCACUCAAGACCAUGAAGCUGGAUACCGAUGACUUGGCCGAGGUCGACUUUACUGUCCAAGGCAAGGUUGGCAGUUGUGGCAACUGCGCUUUGGGAGAUGCGUUCAGAUGUGACGGUUGUCCGUACAUCGGUCUCCCUGCCUUCAAGCCUGGCGAGGAGGUGCGCUUGCUCAACAACGAUAUCCAGCUGUAG